UGCCUUGCCACAGCAAAGUACGAACAACAAUAAUAGCAAAAGUAAUCAUUGGGAUGGAAAGUGGCUGGUUUCGGAAAUAAGUCCUCGCUGCGAAAAUUUCCCCUCGUACUGCUGGGUUCACUUUUCCUCGGGCACUGGCGCAUCGAAGACAUCGCGAAACUUGAGCGGAAGUGAGUGGAACAAACUUUGCGUACACAGUGAAGGAAACGAAACGGAUGAGCACGGUAUAACUUGUGGUGGCGUAAAAUAUCGCAAUUAUCUAUCGGGGAGCGCACAGUGUAAUACGCAACUCACGGGCCACGGAGGAAAGGGCCACCUCCGCUCUGCUCUAACAAAGUGCCACUGUGGAAGCGGAUUGCUAUGUAGGACUGUGUGUUAUUUACGCGUCGAAAGUUAUUGUGCUCUUCUUGUGCCAUCCAAGUGCCCCAGUGUGGUGGACUGUGGUGCUGCGUCGUGUGGUUCGGGAGUGUGGGUUGCUGCGGUGCUUCUUUGUUGUCUGUAUUAUGUGUGCGGAGCCCCAGAAAGGUGGCGCAAACGGGUAGAGACGGAAGCAUAAAUAACACAUCCAUGAGUGAACGAGAGGCGAACGCAAGCACUGGUGCAAGUGUGUGUGUUGUGUUGCCACUGCUGCUGGUCGAAGGAAGCGAGCGCUCGUUGCUGCUGCCCCCCUGCUGACCAUCGCCCGCUGCCCCCGCGCCUGCCUGUCACUUUCUUUUCGUCCGCCUCGUCCCGCCCCCGGAUCGGUUGGUGGAAAAUUCCCUGUGCACGGAGGCACACAUUUCCACCUGCAACCAGUGAACUCUCUUGUUGUUGAAGGUAAAAUAAUAAAAAGCGUCACCCAGUCAGCGUUACUGCCGUUCCGUGUCCGUUGGAGCAACUUUACCCCUGUCCCAUACGAUGGAUUCCUGUGCUGCCGUCGAGAAGGAGGUGGAGAAGGUGAUCAACAAAUUUUCCGCUAUUAACGAUCACUCCCAGCGCAUCAUCGGCGAUGUGAUUUCGCUGAUCGAGAAGCUUCGUUCGUCCAUCGCGGAAGGUAACCCAGACAGCAAAGUUACGGCCGGCCAGGUGGACGUGCUGAACGAGGCGCUCAGCAAGACGAAGGACAAGCUGCACCGUCUCACGACCGAGCACCGCGACCUGCACGGUACGGUCAGCAAGGUGGGCAAGGCGAUCGACCGCAACUUUGUCGCCGACUUUACGGCCACCUCGCGCACGGACGUGUUCCAGACGGAGCGCAACGUGAUGCUGCUGAACAAAAUCAUGGCCCAGCACUUCUACCGCCAGGGCAUGGACGACGUGGCGGACGCACUGAUCAAGGAGUCGGGCCUGCCGGCGGAGGACAUCAUGCCGGAGCCGUACGCCGAGCUGCACCGCAUCUGGGAGGCGAUUCACACCGGCAAUCUGGCCCCCGCCCUCGACUGGGCCGCCCGCUACUCGGCCGAGCUGGAUGCGCGCAACAGCACGCUCGAGUUCAAGCUGCACCGGCUGGCGUUCAUGCAGAUACUGAACGGCGGGGUGCAGGCGCAAACGGAUGCGAUCGCGUACGCCCGCUCCAACUUUGCCAAGUUUGUGCGGCGCUUCGAGAAGGACAUCCAGAUCCUGAUGGGGACGCUGAUCUACCUGCAGAUCGGCAUACACAACUCGCCGUACAAGUACCUCACCGCGCCGGAGAUGUGGAUCGAGACGGCGGACGUGUUCCUCAAGGAUGCCUGCCAGCUGCUGGGCAUCAACAAGGAUUCGCCCCUGUCCGUGAUCGUGAACGCGGGCUGUACCGCGCUGCCCGCGCUGCUCAAUCUCAAGCAGGUGAUGAUGUCGCGCCAGGUGACGGGCAUCUGGAACGGUCGCGAUGAGCUGCCUAUCGAAAUUGAGCUAGAGCCGGACAAUCGGUUUCACUCCAUCUUCGCUUGUCCCAUUCUGCGACAGCAGAGCUCGGAAGACAACCCGCCGAUGAAGCUGCUGUGCGGUCACGUCAUAUCCCGCGAUGCGCUUAACAAACUUAGCAAUGGACCGAUCAUGAACAAUACUUUCAGAUUAAAGUGUCCCUACUGCCCCAUGGAGCAGUGCCCAUCGGAUGCCAAGCUGAUCUACUUCUGAGCGCACCCGCUGCACACCGCCCCGCAGGUGCGCCUGCUACCCCUCCCACUAGCCUCAGCCCUCCCCAUCCAGCUAGCGCAAUUAGAAUCGAGAUGGUACGCGAUGGAUCGCGUGGUUUAGGAAGUAGCGAAUGGAAAUUGGGAAGAAACUGUAGCUUUGUAGCUUGUCCAGUGAAGAUGAAUGGAACGGCGGCACCACUAGUGUUUACUGCACACCUCGCUAGAACUGAAGGGUGGGGAAUAUUAGGCGACACGGUAUAUAGGAGGGAGUAUUUGUUGAACGAUGCAAAACACAAUGGUAAAAUUGGACGAAUGCGCCAGAAUAAUUUCGUUAAAGAUGGCACCAAACGCCAAGCUGAUAAAGGGCUGAAGGAUAAAAAAACAGAUGGAUGUGUUCGAAGAGAGGGAGAGAGGGAACAUAAAACUCCCAAACCAUUAGUUGGUGCGCUGUAUGCGCAGUAGGCUAGCGGAAUGUAGCUGUGGAAACGAUAUAGAAAGAAAGUAAACGAAGAAAACACAGAGGAUUGGCAAACAUUGGGUAGCAUGCCUGGCAAACUUCUUCCAGUAGUAGGCGCGUUUAUUAUUCGCUGUAUUUUCAUUACGAUUUGCUGUUGUUUGUGUUUAUACUCAUAUAUUUGCAUAAA